UGAAAUCUUAUCAGCACAAUCUCCCUCACUGUGAUGUUGUCUGGUGCCCAUUCCGAGUCCGUAUUUCCGUCAAGUGACAAGUGCGUGUGACCCAAAGUGCAAAAACUGAAAGUGUGUGAUGGUCUCGUACUACAACUCGACCAACAUGUACCGUCACCAGCAAGCCGUCGCGGCGCCGGCCAACGCGCCCAUGCACUCAUGGUACGCGGGCUACCAUCAGGGCGCCCAGAUGGGCCCCGAGCAGCAGAUGUGGGAGCCCCAAAUGUGGCACCAUCACAGCCACAUGCCGCCACAUUCGGUCUUUGCGGCCAAUAAUGCCGAGUUCCCGGAGUUCGUGCACUCCGGGAUGGUGCACAACGACGGCACGCAACUGAUGCCGUCGCCCACCGUUUCCGGGAGUGAAAUGUCGAGUCCGGGCGCUGGAAGUGGGAAUUUAUCGCCGCAGAUUCAGACGCAAGUGGCCAGGCCGCCGCCGGCGAGGAGUCCCUAUGAGUGGAUUAAGAAAACCUCCUACCAGAGUCAGCCUAAUCCCGAACCGGCCGAUUUCGCUGACGCUCCGGACGCAAUCGGCAAGACCCGGACGAAAGACAAAUACCGCGUAGUUUACACCGACCAUCAGCGAGUGGAGCUCGAAAAAGAGUUCUACUACAGCCGCUACAUCACAAUCCGGCGGAAAGCCGAAUUAGCCAACAGUCUCGGAUUAUCCGAACGUCAAGUGAAAAUCUGGUUCCAGAAUCGUCGUGCUAAGGAACGCAAACAGGUGAAAAAACGCGAGGAGGUCACCCAGAAGGACAGUCCAAUGAACAUGGGACACCUAACCCAGCAGCAAAUCAUCCACAACACCCAGACUCAGAUGGGCCAGGCCCUAAUUCCCUCACAACUCAUAUGACCGUCCCCUUACGUGGAAUGGAAAGAAGACAAUCUUCAGUGUUUGUGAUGAAAUUGUGUUGUGAUUUUGCGUUUUUAUUUAUUUUAUCGAGUCACAUCACCCCGGAGAUUACUGUGCAUAAUUCAUAUAUUUAUCUUUUUGUUACGGCCAUUGUGUAUAUAGUAUUGUAUAAAGGUUUAUCUGUUGUGUUGUAGCAUUUUUAAACUGUUCAUCGGAGUGUGGCACCGGAUUAUCUAGAAAUUCGCACUUUGUAAAUUUGUACAAACGUUUAUGUGCCUUCUUGUUGCUUCUUCUUCACUAUACCUUGUAAAUAAAGGUCGCUGUAUCCACGUCUUGUUGUGUUGCAGAGUAGGGGCAGAUUGUAACUUAUUUUUUGGUAUCGAGUGAAGAAUAAAUGAUUUUAUUUGAAA